AAAGCCUUUGAAGAACAAUUACAUUUAUACACCAAAUUGUAAGGUAAUUCCUAUGAAUGUAGCAGUACUGCACUUCUGUACUUGAUUCAUGCAAUGACAGGAGGGGGAAAAUUGGGCGUUUAACCUUUGUGUUUGUGAUAAUUCGCCACAGGGUUUUUUUAAUAAUUCAAUUUUCAAAAAGUUCUAAUAUUGAUCAGCCACUCUAGUUUUUCGCAAAUUUCAAAAUACAUCAACUGAAUAUGACAUUUCUAUAGUGUGAUUUGACUCGAGUGAAAUACAUUCAAAAUGGAGACCUAUGCUUAAUGUUCUUUAAAAAUCCAAUGAAAAUAAAGGUUAAAAACUGAUUUAAACAGUUAAAAAUGACUUCAAGAAGAUGGUUUUGGCCUACCAUAACUGGAAUAGAUGCUGAAAAAUUGUUGAUGGAAAGGGGAGUGGACUGCAGUUUCUUGGCAAGACCAAGUUCCAAUAAUCCUGGUGAUUUUACUCUUUCUGUUAGGAGGAAUGGAGAAGUUACACAUAUUAGAAUUCAAAACUCUGGAGAUUUUCUGGAUCUAUAUGGGGGUGAGAAAUUUGCUACUCUCUCUGAAUUGGUUCAACAUUAUAUGGAAAAUCAUGGACAGUUGAAAGAGAAGAACGGAGAAGUUAUUGAACUAAAAUAUCCUGUAAUUUGUGCCGAUCCAACAACAGAAAGAUGGUUCCAUGGUCAUUUAUCUGGAAAAGAAGCAGAACGUCUACUCUUGGAGAGGGGGAAAAAUGGUAGUUUUUUAGUUAGGGAAAGCCAGUCCAAGUUGGGAGACUUCGUUUUGUCCGUAAGGACAGACGAUAAGGUAACCCACGUCAUGAUCAGAUGCACCCCAGACAACACAUACGAUGUGGGCGGUGGAGAAAAAUUCAACAGCUUAGCAGACCUAAUCGAGCAUUACAAAAAGAACCCUAUGGUGGAGACGACAGGAACUGUGGUCCAUUUGAAGCAACCCUUCAACGCAACAAGAAUAAACGCAUCUGGCAUCCACUCUCGAGUCAAACAGCUACAGAGUGAAAACGGUCCCAGUGGCCUGUACAAGGCCGGUUUCUGGGAAGAGUUCGAAUCCCUCCAGCAGCAAGAGUCCAAGCUGCUCUACUCCAGAGAUGAAGGUACCAGACCAGAAAAUAGAAAUAAGAACAGAUACAAGAACAUUUUACCGUUCGACAAUACUAGGGUGAAGUUGAAAGAUGUUGACCCAAAUGUUGUGGGCUCAGACUAUAUCAACGCCAACUAUAUCAGAUGGAAAAACGAUGACUCGAUAGGAGAUAUGGGGAGCGAUCCUAGCGGAAAAACUUACAUAGCCACUCAGGGUUGUUUGCCAAGUACUGUUGGGGACUUUUGGCACAUGGUGUGGCAAGAAAAUUGCCGUGUGAUCGUGAUGACUACCAAAGAAACAGAGAGGGGCAAGAAUAAAUGCGCAAAAUACUGGCCAGACAAGGGUGAUACAAAAAUUUAUGGAAAGACUAUAGUGAAAAACAUCACAGAGUCUUCCACUCUUCAUUAUACCCUUAGAGAGUUCUUAGUCAGUAUGGAGGGAAGCGGUUGCGAAAGAAAAGUGUAUCAUUACCAUUUCCAGGCUUGGCCAGAUCAUGGAGUCCCUUCGGAUCCUGGCUGCGUUUUGAACUUCUUACACGAAGUCAACAGGCAGCAAGAAAACCUACAACUGGAACUCCCACCAAAUCAACCGCCAGGCGCCAUAUUGGUGCACUGUUCGGCAGGCAUUGGAAGAACCGGAACAUUCAUAGUAAUCGAUAUGAUCCUGGAUCAACUCAAAAAAUAUGGUCUUGAUUGUGAGAUUGACAUACAAAGGACGGUCCAGAUGGUCAGAUCCCAAAGAUCUGGUAUGGUACAAACAGAAGCCCAGUAUAAAUUUGUGUACCUUGCCGUGCAACACCACAUAGAAACAAUAACUGAACGAAGAAAGGCUGAACAAAAAUCUCUCCAAAUGGGCAGGGAGUACACAAACAUUCGAUACAGUUGCCAUAGCAAUCACUUGUCAUCGGGAAGCAGUGGUAUCGGAAGUAUAACCUCACUAUCGUCCAUCACCAGUGUUCCUUCCACGCCUACUGCUGCUGUUAUCAUGAGGAACGAGGUGAAGAAAGGUCCAAGGGUGGUGUCAGACUUCUGCCUUCCUAGAUAUUCGAUCUCAAUGAACCGAACAGAAGACACGAUGCUAGCAGUUGAACCCAACCUGAUCCUCAUGGACAACAUCGAGUACAUCAUGGGUUCCGUGGGUCAUUUCGAGGUCCCCACCAGACUGGAAGACGUGUUCACAGCCAGCGAACUACGCUGCGGUCGCGAAGGAGGUAGCGCCUUCACCCUCGUCGACUUCUCCCAAGAUGGCGUCACAAACAACAUAAAACCGACCAUCAGGGCCACCUCGACGGCCGGAAACGCCACCAACAUACCUACCUUCGAGAUUAACGAUUCCGACGAAGAUGUCAUAUUCGUGGCGGAGUACAACAACGUGUCUGAAGAAGCUGCUCCUGAGGUAGUCCCUUACCAAUGUUUCGUUUCGCGAAGGGAUGAAUCCAGCUCCAGCUCGAGCAGUUCGGCAGCAAGUCCCGGGGUGGUUGAGGCGAAUGAACCGAGGAGGAACCCGACAAGAAAUGCCAGGAAUAAGAAGUACAGGAAGAAGUGCAGCGAGUACAUUACAGAGGAGGAUCUCAACAUGUUGAUAGCUAGCGACGAGGAUAAUUCUGCUGUUGAUACGGUGGAAGAAACCGUGCCAAUCAUCAAAGAACCACGCCACAAGAAGGUGGUGGUCAAAAGUUGGCCAGCCGAAGGCCUCCACGAACGUCCAGAGUACAACGAACAAACGGAGGAGAUAGAAAAAUUCGACUUUUCCAUAAGGCAGAUACAGAACAGCGCCAAGAAGAUCAAGGUGGAAAAACCGAAGAAAAUGAAGGUUGCGAAAAAGAAAUACGUACAUAAAAAGUUCGAUUUUAAGAAGACCAAGACCACGACGAAGAAGAAGGAAGUGGAGAUGGCAUCUUUUGAGGAGUUGAGUGACUUGAUUGGCGAUACGUUUGAUCACUUAUCGGGGAUUUUCAUGGAAACUCUCGUGAAAAGUAGGCGUUUUCACAGCUGCCCCUUCCAAGAAACGAAGGAAAAUGAUGGUUCUCAGGCAAAUAUUCAAGUUAAGGGUUCUCAUAGUCAGUGUUUGAGGAAUUACGAUGAAUUGUGGAAGAAUCAAACUCAAUUGUACGCUUUGGCCAAAGAAGAUGUUGAUUUUAAUGAAAUAUACCUGCAGUUGAAGAGAAAGUUUCAGAGUUUGCAGAUAUGA